UUAUCCUUAAUUUUUUACGGAAAGUAAUUUGGACCCACAAAAAUACAGCUAUUGAUUCGCUCAAACAAGAUUCGUCCUCUUUUUUUUUUUUUUUUUUUUUUUUUUUCUUUUUCUUUUUAUAUCGAUCCAUUUUCCUGGGUUUCGUCUCUCUGCUAAAUUUCGAAAAUGGAGUCUGAUACGGCGUCGUUUGAGGGGUCUGAAAAAGUUUCCAUUUUUGGCAAUAACAAAACAACCACCUUCGAAGAAGAAGAGGAGAGAGAAAGUAGUGAAAUGGGUGACCGGGAACCGGUAAUUGACAGUCACCGCCGGAGAAUUUCCGGUAUUGGGAACAAAUCAUUGUCAAGGCAAUCGUCGUUUCGGCAGGAUUUUGAGCAUGCUGCUGCUGAGACUUACCUGAUUACCGGACUUAGUUUCAAGCUUCUUCGCUAUCUUGGGGUAGGCUACCGCUGGAUCACUAGACUACUUGCUCUUCUCUGUUAUGCCAUGCUACUUUUACCUGGUUUUCUUCAAGUGGCAUAUAGUUAUUACUUUUCCAACCAAGUACAUCGUAGUAUUAUUUAUGGAGAUCAACCAAGAAAUAGACUAGAUCUUUAUUUACCAAUGGGUCCUGAUGGAAAGAAACCAGUUGUGAUAUUUGUCACUGGGGGAGCCUGGAUUAUUGGGUACAAAGCGUGGGGCUCCCUUCUUGGAUUACAAUUGGCAGAAAGAGACAUCAUAGUGGCCUGCCUUGACUAUAGAAAUUUCCCUCAAGGAACCAUCAGUGACAUGAUUAAAGAUGUUUCCCAGGGCAUCUCAUUUGUUUGUAAUAAUAUUGCCGCUGUUGCAGGUGAUCCUGAUAGAAUCUAUCUCGUUGGGCAAUCAGCUGGUGCACAUAUAUCAGCUUGUGCUCUCUUGGAACAGGCAAUCAGAGAGUCACAAGGAGAGAGCUGUUCUUGGAGUGUUUCACAGAUAAAAACUUAUUUUUCUUUAUCUGGCGGGUUUAACUUGGUGAAUCUGGUUGAUCACUUUAACAAUCGAGGUCUCUAUCGAUCCAUAUUUUUGAGCAUUAUGGAAGGAGAAAGUUCUCUGAAGAAGUAUUCUCCUGAGCUUCGGGUGCAGGAUAAAAGCAUUGCAAAGGCCGUUUCAUUGUUGCCCCCUUUCAUUCUUUUUCAUGGAACUGAAGACAAGUCCAUUCCUUCAGUAGCCAGUGAAAAUUUUGCAGAUGCUCUCAAAAAUGCUGGUGGUCAUGCUGAUCUGAUUUUAUAUGAAGGGAAAACUCAUACUGAUAUGUUUGUUCAGGAUCCAUUAAGAGGCGGUAAAGAUGAGCUGUUUGAGCAUUUGGUUUCUGUCAUACACGCAGAUGAUGAGGAAGCUCUGAUGAGGGAUGCAAAUGCUCCACCCAUGAGACGCCUAGUCCCUGAGAUAUUGGUGAAGUUAGCCGGGCAAAUAAGCCCUUUCUAGACUUUAUUGUUCGCAAAUCGGGCAUCAACUUCCAUGGCUAUUGGUGUGCCACAUACCCAUUCUUUGUUACUGUCGUUAUAAUUUCUUCUGUAUAGGAUUAGGAGCUUAUUGCAUUCUUUAUUUAGUCCAUCAUUUAUUGGUAAUGUAGUUUACAAUUAUUUGUUAGUUUAACGAAAUUCGGUAAAUUCUGGUGUCAGAUGAAUUGAAUAUAAUUAUAUUUCAUGA